CAACGCCGCUUCUUCCAUGCUGACGACCUUAAAGGUGGUCUGCUGUCACAUUUAAUAUUUGGUUUCUAGUGUUUUGUUUUCCAAAAUUUCCCUGAACGAAAAUGGGGAUUCUGGAAAAAAUUUCCGAGAUUGAGAAGGAGAUCGCCCGUACCCAGAAAAACAAAGCUACUGAAUACCAUUUGGGAUUGCUAAGCAAAUUGGCAAAAUAUCGCUCUCAGCUUUUGGAACCGUCUAAGAAGUCAGGAGAAAAAGGAGAGGGUUUCGAUGUACUUAAGUCAGGAGAUGCCAGAGUGGCAUUAAUUGGAUUUCCCUCUGUUGGCAAGUCUACCCUCCUUUCAACUUUAACCAAGACCCAAAGUGAAGCAGCAUCCUAUGAGUUUACCACGUUAACUUGUAUUCCUGGGGUUAUUGAGUAUAAAGGAGCAAAUAUCCAAUUAUUGGAUCUGCCUGGUAUCAUUGAAGGAGCUUCCCAAGGCAAGGGCAGAGGAAAACAGGUUAUCGCUGUUGCGAGAACAGCUGAUUUAGUAUUGAUGAUGCUUGAUGCUACUAAAGGAGAUGUGCAAAAAACAUUACUCCAGAAAGAGUUGGAAAGCGUAGGCAUCAGAUUGAAUACAAAAAAACCUAAUAUAUAUUUCAAGCACAAAAAAGGUGGAGGUAUCGCUUUCAAUGCUGUUUGUCCAUUGACUAAAGUGGAUGAAAAACUGGUUCAACUAAUUCUGCAUGAAUAUAAAAUUUUCAAUGCCGAAGUUCUGUUUCGCGAGGACUGCUCCGCCGACGAUCUUAUUGACGUAAUAUCUGACAACCGGAUCUAUUUGUCGUGCCUUUAUGUGUACAAUAAGGUUGAUCAAAUUUCACUGGAAGAAGUGAACAGGAUUGCACGACAGCCUCAUUCAAUAGUAGUUUCAUGCAACAUGAAGCUGAACCUCGAUUACUUGCUUGAGACACUUUGGGAAUACCUGUCUUUUAUUCGAGUUUAUACCAAGAAACCCGGUCAGCCGCCAGAUUUCAACGACUGUUUAAUUCUAAGGCGUGGCGUAUCCGUGGAACAUGUGUGUCACUCGAUUCAUCGUACUUUGGCCCAAGUUUUGAAAUACGCGCUAGUUUGGGGCACAAGCGCUAAGUUUAAUCCGCAACGAGUCGGUGCACAUCAUAUAGUGCACGAUGAAGAUGUAAUUCAAAUUGUGAAGAAAUGAAGACUCCGCAUUCGUGCAGAGGUUGAGUUUCCAAAAAACAAGGGACAACUUUUCGUUAUUGUUGGCUUGAGAAUCCAAAUAAAACACAUGAAAGACUCUCAGAA